UUCCUUCGUUUGCUUUAUGAAUUUACAAUGACCAACUCUUGAGAUUUAAGACGAAAAGAAUCCAAAAAUAGAAGAGGAGCGCACUUCAUCUUCGCCUCCACGAAGCUACUCAACCCUCUCUCUCCUUCUCACUUUCCCAAUUCAACGUCAUCAAUCAUCUAUGGCCGACUCCCAGCCCUCCUCCGACUCCGUAAUCCUUGCCUGGGGAUCAGGAGAAGAUGGACAGUUGGGUAUGGGAGACUGGGUGGAUAAGGAAUGGGUCUGCAGUGUGAAGGCCCUUGAGGGUCGUGAUGCCACCGCUGUUGUCGCCGGAAGCCGCAACUCCCUUGCCAUAUGCGAUGAUGGAAAGCUUUUUACAUGGGGAUGGAACCAGAGAGGCACCCUGGGCCAUCCGCCGGACACCAAGACUGAGAGUGUUCCUAGCCUCGUCAAGGCACUGGAUGAUGUUAAAAUUGUCCAGGCAGCCAUAGGUGGGUGGCAUUGUCUUGCCGUGGAUGACCAGGGGAGAGCAUAUGCAUGGGGAGGAAAUGAGUAUGGACAGUGUGGAGAGGAGCCUGAGAAGAAAGAAGAUGGCAGUAAGGCUUUGAGGAGGGAUAUUACCAUCCCUCAGCGGUGUGCACCCAAGCUUUCUGUACGACAGGUAGCUGCUGGAGGUACUCAUUCUGUGGUGUUAACUGAAGAUGGUCAUGUUUGGACAUGGGGUCAACCUUGGCCUCCUGGAGACAUCAAACAGAUUUACAUGCCUGUGCGAGUUCAAGGCCUCGAAAGGGUUAGGUUGAUUGCAGUUGGUGCUUUCCACAAUUUAUCGCUUCUAGAAGAUGGCAUGUUGUGGGCUUGGGGAAACAAUGAAUAUGGUCAGCUUGGGACUGGGGAUACUCAGCCAAGGUCACAACCUAUUCCUGUGCAAGGCUUAUCUGGACUUGCAUUAGUUGACAUUGCUGCUGGAGGUUGGCAUUCCAUUGCAAUCACAAACAGUGGAGAGGUAUUUGCCUGGGGGAGAGGAGAGCAUGGAAGGCUCGGGUUUGGAGAUGACAAGAGUAGCAAAAUGGUUCCUCAAAAGGUCCAACUUUUGUCUGGAGAAGAUAUCGUUCAGAUGUCCUGUGGAGGUACCCACUCUGUUGCAUUAACACGCGAUGGGAGAAUGUUUUCGUUUGGGCGAGGCGACCAUGGACGACUGGGAUACGGCCGUAAGGUUACGACCGGUCAUCCCAUGGAAGUAACCAUAAACCUUCCACCUCCCAAAAGCAGCAGCACCGGCAGCCAUGGACGAUGGUUUGUGAAGUUCGUCGCCUGUGGUGGACGCCACACUCUAGCCAUUGCAAAUUGGAUUAAUGAACAGCAGGAAGAAACCAUCUCUGUUUGAGAAAAAAUCACUCGGAGAAGCUCAAGGUUGUGAUCACAGGUUUUAUGAUUUAGUGUAAACUUGUCACUUAUAUCCGAAGAUAUCAAGCACCUUAGACUGGUUGGAUCUUUUGAAAAUAAUUGAAAAUGAAUGAUGAACUUGUAAUAAGAUGGCUUUAUUUAUCAAUCAGGUUGGGCUACUUUCUCCUCA